UGUCUUUGUGAAGGACCCCACUACAUUCACCACCACCUCCGCUUCUAACUCUGUCCUAUCUUCUCUGUCUGCUUUCCUUUCCCCUUUUCUCUCUCAAAUGCGCCACUUUUGCUCUACUGUCUGUUAUAAAGCUCAGUGUCCCGUUUAUUAAUUAAAUAAAGCAUCCAAUUUGAGUACAGUUGGUCCACAUUCACUUGUUCCAUUCUUGCCUUCUUUCCCAUCAGCAUUAAUCAUCGUCUUCUUGUUUUCUUGCGGAAAGAGAAGGAACAAAGCAUAUACUGACUUCCAAAGAGAAGAACCCUUUGGAAAUUUGAAGUGGUUUCUGUACUGUACAGUCCGAAACCCCUUUUCCAGGCAGGAGAGAUGAGUGAGAAGAACAACAUUAUAUCUUCAAAAGGCUGUUCCAAAAUGACCCACUUGGAUUUUCUCAAGAAAUUUAAGUUCUCGAAGCCUCAUGAGCCUACCCCUGCUAUUCUUGGAUGCUUCUUCUUCAGUCUCUGCUUAAUCUUUUGCCUCUUUUUGUUGGAUUACAGGAUUGUCAAUGGUUUGAAUUGGCAGUCGUUGGUAAUCACUGGGUGGUUUAAGUCCAAUGUUUCUUCACGUGGGCAGCCAUUGUUAAUCACUGGAUUUACGUCCAAUGUUUCUUCACGUGACCAGUCAGUGUUAUUUACUGGGGUUAAGGCAAAUGCUUCUUUGCUAGAAUCCAAAAAGUUGGGAUUUCUUGAAGUAGGUGCGGAAGGCUGUGAUAUAUCUCAAGGGAAUUGGGUAUGGGAUGAGAGCUAUCCGCUUUACCAACCACAAGAUUGUAUGUUCUUGGAUGUGGGCUUUCGGUGUACUGAGAAUGAUAGACGUGAUAAUUUCUAUACCAAGUGGCGCUGGCAACCUAAAGACUGCAAUUUGCCCAGAUUUGAUGCAAGAGUUAUGCUGGAAAAACUGCGAGGCAAACGGCUGGUGUUUGUAGGAGAUUCUGUAGGAAGAAACCAAUGGGAGUCGCUUCUUUGCAUGCUAUCUUCUCCUGUUCCUGACAAAACUUCAAUAUACGAAGUUAAUGGGAGCCCGAUCACAAAGCACUCAGGCUCUUUAGUUUUUAAAUUCAGGGAUUUUAACUGCACAGUUGAGUACUACAGAGCUCCGUUUCUAGUGCUGCAGAGCCGAGCGCCUAAUGGGGCACCAGAAAACGUUAAAUUGACAUUGAAGCUGGACCAAAUGGAUUGGAGCUCCGUGCACUGGAAGGGUGCAGAUUUGCUGGUUUUCAACACAGGGCACUGGUGGAAUUAUCAGAAGACCAUUAGAGGGGGCUGUUACUUCCAAGAAGGAGCUGAGAUCAAGAUGGAGAUGACUGUAGAAAAUGCCUUGCAAAGGUCCAUUAAGGCUUUGACGGACUGGAUAAGUCGUGAAGUAAAUUUGUCAAAGACUCAUUUGAUCUUCCGAGGCUAUGCUCCAGUACAUUUCAGAGGUGGGGACUGGAGGACUGGUGGUAGCUGUCACCGGGAGACACAACCCAACUUGAGUCCAACACCUUUGUCUUCAUAUAUUGAGUACAACAUUCUUGUUAAUGGCUUAUCAGAACAUCUCAGAUUGGGAAAUGUAGAAUUCUUGAACGUGACUAGCAUGACAUCUCAGAGAAAAGAUGGUCACCCUUCCUUGUACUACUUAGAGCCUGGAGUUGGACCGGCUCCCGUCCACCGCCAAGACUGCAGUCAUUGGUGCCUCCCUGGUGUCCCUGAUUCUUGGAACGAACUCCUCUAUGCAGUUUUUCUCAAACGGGAAAUUUCUCGUAGGCGUGUUUGACAAAAAUCUUCUUGUUUCUAACGAGGAAAUCACCUCGUGUGAUUCAGAGCAUAAAGCAACAUUAAUGGUAAUGAGUAGCUACUGCUGCUUCAGGGAAAUGCCUGCAUAUGGUUUUCAUCAGCUGAUGAAUGCUGCAGCUCGAGUUUCAGUGACGCAUAAUAUACGUAACAAUUCAAAGAAGGAAACAUGAGAUUCCUACCAGUUUGAUUACUUGAAAUCGUAAUACGACUGACUAGUGGUCGAGGGUUGUGUCCUCGACUCCACAGUUGCAGAGGAGUCGGGACUUUUGUGCAUAUGUGAGAUAUCAACAGAGGAACUCAAGAGGCAUGCUCCUUUCGGGAAAUGAGAGUCGGAAGAGUUCUUAUUUUGGAUAGCCAGAAACACUCGUGUGAAGCUAGUUUUUGGCUUUUCUUGCAUUUUUGGCGCUGACAAAGCAUCUUGACUAGUAUAUACAAAAUAAACUGGUGUUUGAACAAGAUGAUUUUUUGUGAUUUUUGCUUGAAAAUGGGGGUCGUUUAUGCUGUCUUUCCGACGCUGAUUCUCGGUGAUUAUCUUCGCAAUUCCUCA